AUGUCUAAAACUCAAACUUAUAGGUCUACAAGAUCAUCAGACGAACAGAAUUUGUCAUUUGAGGAGGUUGUGCUUACGGGAUUAGCUAAUGAUGGUGGAUUGUUCUUACCAUCGAAUAUUCCAAAGUUGGAGGAUGGAUUUGUCAACGAUUGGAAAGACUUGUCCUUUGAAGAUUUGGCAUUCAAUAUCAUGAGAUUAUACAUAUCGCAAAAGGAGAUUUCUGAUAUUGAACUUAAAGAAUUGAUUAAAAAGUCAUAUUCGACGUUUAGAACCAAGGAAGUAACACCAAUAAAGGUUAUCGACCAAAAAAAUGGCUUGUACUUGUUAGAACUUUUCCAUGGGCCCACUUAUGCUUUCAAAGAUGUUGCUUUGCAAUUUCUUGGAAAUCUCUUUGAGUUUUUUUUAACAAGGAAGAACGCAAAUGCGAAGACUGAGGAGGAUAGAGAAAUAAUGACAGUCGUUGGGGCCACUUCUGGUGAUACGGGCUCAGCCGCCAUUUAUGGUUUGAGAGGAAAAAAAGACGUCUCUGUCUUUAUUUUAUAUCCAACUGGUAGAAUAUCACCGAUCCAAGAAGAACAAAUGACAACUGUCGAAGAUAAAAACGUCCACACUUUGUCUGUAAAGGGUACUUUUGAUGACUGUCAGGACAUUGUGAAACAGAUAUUCGGUGAUAAAGAAUUUAAUUCAAAGUACCAUGUUGGUGCUGUAAAUUCUAUUAACUGGGCAAGAAUUCUAGCCCAAAUAACAUAUUACUUUUAUUCUUAUUUUCAACUCAUUAAAGAGGUGGGCAUAGAUAAAAAAUGCAAGUUUGUUGUUCCCUCUGGUAACUUCGGUGAUAUCUUGGCUGGAUAUUAUGCUAAAGAGAUGGGAUUACCGGUCGAAAAAUUGGUCAUUGCAACCAAUGAAAAUGAUAUUCUUGACAGAUUCAUGAGAACAGGACGUUACGAGAAAUCUGCUGAUCCUACUAAAGGCUCAGAAGUCAAAGCUACAUAUUCCCCAGCAAUGGAUAUAUUAAUUUCCUCCAAUUUCGAAAGAUUGCUUUGGUAUUUAAUAAGAUCACAAUUAACACAGAAUGAUGACAAAGAGGCUGGUAAAAUUUUAAAUGAAUGGAUGCAACAAUUAAAGGAUACGGGUUCUGUAAUUGCUCCUGAAUCUGUUGUCAAAGCUGCUAGAAAGAAUUUUGACUCGGAAAGAGUUGAUGACAUACAAACAAUCGAGACUAUCAAAAAGAUCUACUUGAGUCAUCCGGAGAAGUACAUUUUAGAUCCCCAUACAGCUGUUGGUGUAAAUGCAUCCUACAGGCACAUUGAAAAGGAUAAUGAUAAAAACGUUAAAUAUAUUUCUUUAUCAACGGCACAUCCAGCAAAAUUUUCUGAAGUUGUUAAUAAAGCAUUGGACGGUAUUAAAGACUAUUCAUUUGAAAGAGACGUCUUACCUUCUGAAUUAAAAGCUUUGAGUCUGAAGCAAAAGAGGAUCAAAUUCAUUAAUGAUGCUUCCUUGAAGAGUGUCAAGACUGCAAUUAUUGAAGAACUUAGCAAAUAG